AUGUCAGGGCAGUGCAGGGUUCGGUGGGCCAUUGUUGCGAGUCCCAGGGGUGGAGGAAUAACGACAGAGGUGGAGGAGAAGGAAGUUGCCACCCUGAAGGACUGUGAGGCAGCUGGCAGCAAGUGCCAUGCUCAGGCCGAUUGUCUGCAGGUCAGAAACAACUUCACCUGUGAGUGCCGCAUGGGCUACCAGGGCAAUGGUCUGCUGUGCAACGACAUUGAUGAGUGCCUCAGCGGUUUGCAUCGCUGUCACUCCAAGGCUCGCUGUAACAACAACCUUGGCAGCUACAGCUGUGUCUGUAUAAAUGGAUAUGUUGGAGAUGGCACUAACUGCCAGGACAUCAACGAGUGCCAGAAAGACAACGGGGGAUGCCAUGCCGGCUGUCAAAACCUGCCUGGCUCAUACCGCUGUUCUUGCCAGAGUGGCUUCCAAAGCAAUGGGAAGAGCUGUGUGGACAUCGAUGAAUGUGCAAGCAACACCUGCAGUCUGUAUGCAGACUGUGUUAACACACUGGGGUCAUACCGCUGCACCUGCAAUAGUGGUUUUGACGGAAACGGACUGACCUGUGCAGACCUCAAUGAAUGCAAUGGAAUCAAUGAAUGCGACCCAAGUGCAACUUGUAUAAACAGGCUUGGGAGUUACGAGUGCUCCUGUCUGGGAGGUUUUUUAGGAGAUGGUCGUCUGUGUGAGGACAUUGAUGAGUGUGCAACACCAAACAUCUGCCCUUCUAUCACUAACUGCGUCAACACUGGGGGCUCAUAUUACUGCAACUGUGGUAGAGGAUAUACCUUCAAUAACUCCAAGUGCAAUGACAAUGAUGAGUGUUUGGAGGACCCUUGCAGCCCUUACGCAAACUGCACAAAUUCACCCGGCUCUUACUCUUGUCAGUGUGCAGCAGGAUACAGGGGGGAUGGCUUCACUUGUGUGGAUGUGGAUGAGUGCUCACUGGCUAAGCAGUGCCACUCCAAUGCCCUUUGCAGGAAUGUCCCUGGCUCCUACAACUGCACCUGUCAGGUGGGUUAUUCUGGAGAGGGGGUGAUCCAGUGCAUAGACAUAAACGAGUGUCUGCUGGACAAUGGAGGUUGCCGGAACAAGGCUUCAUGCGUCAACAACCAGGGUUCCUUUUAUUGCCUGUGCCAACCAGGAUACAUCUUGGUCAACCGGACUCUUUGUCAGGAUAUAAAUGAGUGUGAACCAAACAAUCCAUGUGGAGUGAAUGAAAAGUGCAAGAACAUUGAUGGGUCAUACAAGUGCCCUUGCCAGGUCGGAUACUACCGCCCGGCCAGCAACAUGGACUGCGUUGAUAUGGACGAGUGUAAAGAUAACUCGUGCCAUGUGAACGCAACCUGCCUCAACACCAUUGGGUCCUUCACUUGCACCUGUAAGCGAGGUUUUGCAGGAAAUGGCACUCAGUGUGAGGAUAUAAAUGAGUGUUCUGUGGAAGCUGGGUUUCAAAGGUGA